GGGGGACUGACACGCGUGCGCAGUGUGUUUCCGGCGGUAUGUUUCCGGUGGCGGCCAGGCUGUGGGCCGGUGCUGUUGCCGUGGGCUGUGCCAGACGGGUCCCGGGGCCGCGGAGCGGGGAUCACUGUCCGCCGGCAGCGCGGGCUCACGGCAACAUGCCCAAGAAAGGCGUCCCCGACAGAUGGAAAGAUUAUGCACCUCUCGGGCGACGUCUCCCAGGAACCAGGUUCAUUGCGUUUAAAGUUCCUCUGCAGAAGUGGUUUGAAAACAAGCUGCACCCAGCUCAGGUGUUUACUCCGGCUGAUCUUGUGAGACGGAUUGAGAAACAGAAGGAAACUCUGGGCAAGAUUAUCGACCUGACCUGCACUGAUCGCUAUUACGAUCCUGCGGAAUUACCGGAGUAUUUACAUUUCGAGAAGAUAUUCACUGCUGGUCACGCGGUGCCAAACCCCGAGACCAUUUCACACUUCAAACAGGCCGUGAGCGAGUACCUGCAGGCCAACACACACAACGAUAAACUUAUUGGAGUUCAUUGCACUCACGGGGUUAACAGGACGGGUUACCUGAUCUGUAGGUACCUGAUCGAUGUGGAUGGGAUGGACCCGCAUUCAGCCAUUGAGUUGUUUAAUCGAUCUCGUGGGCACCGCAUAGAGAGGAAGAAUUACAUUGAGGACUUGCUGAGAGGCCAGAGGCGAAGAAAUAAAGGCUUGGAUUCUCUGCCUUCCAACCCCCGGCGUCCACCAGGGAGACCCGGGCCCUGGUCUGGGGCUGGGAAUGGGAACGGAGCCGUGUUUGCCGGUGACUCGGGCCAACCUUGGGGAGCAGUGAGUGAUGUAAUGUCUGGCUGCAGACACUCGUUCCUGUUGCCCUAUCACACCCCGUGCCCUCCGGGGGCACAGAGCUUCAGGGACAUUUCUGCCCACCCGCUGGGCCCCGGCAGCAGGCAAUACCGGCCGAGCUCCACGUACAUGUACAAUCCCUACGGAUCCUUCAGGCUGCAGCCUUCGUGGAGGACGUCUCCGGCUGAGGGGGGGAGGGGUGGCCAGAGGGUACACACCUGGGGCUCUGGGGCCCAACACCAAGUGAACACGCACAUCAGGUGGGACUAUUAGCCCAGGAGCCUGGCCCUGGG